GCCGGUACUUCCGCACUUCCUCACACUGCCUGCAAAUUAUUGAGCAAUGGCCGCAUUUCUUGAGAAGGACUGGCAAACGAUAAGAGCAACAAUUAGAGAAAGAACCAGAUUUAUGUUUAAUAACGAUCUUAUAAGCGAUGUCAAGUUUACUGUGCAAGGAUCGGAUGGCAGUACAAAGGAGAUUCCAGCACACAAGUUUGUCCUAUCUAUAAGUAGCCCAGUGUUUUACGCGAUGUUUUAUGGACCAAUGGCGGAUGCUUCAGACACCAUUGCUUUAUCUGACUGUGAGUACGAGGGUUUAUCAGAGUUGUUCCGUUUCAUGUACAGUGAUGAAGUUAACCUAAGCAGAAGUUGCGUGGUGCAGGUGUUAUAUUUGGCAGAAAAGUACAUCUUGCCCAGCCUUGUGAGUGAGUGUCUCAAAUAUCUACGUGAAAUCGUUGACGAAUCAAAUGCGCUUUGCAUUCUUGUGCACGCAUCGAGAUACAGCGAACGAAAUAACGAUCUUGUGAAGCGUUGCUGGGAAAUAAUUGAUGAACACACUGAACAGGCUAUCCAAUCAGAAGAAUUUGUAAAAAUUGAUAGAUCAAUACUCGAAGUAUUAGUGGAUAGAGACUCUUUGAACAUUCAAGAGAUUAACCUGUUCGAAGCCGUCAACAAGUGGGCAGAAUAUCAGUGUGAACUAAAAGGCCUGGUGGCAGAUGGUUGUGUGAAAAGAAGCGUAAUUGGUGAGAAAGUGGUGACAAAGAUUCGAUUUCCAGUUAUGAAAAAAUUGGAAUUUGCCAGUGUUGUGCUUGACAGUAAUAUACUUCUACCUCACGAAGCCUUUGACCUGACAAGAUAUUACUGUUUGGCAUCCCUGUCUCCAAGGGGAUUCCUUAGCACCGAAAGAAUUGGUGGACUAAAGCAUUGCCAAAUGUUUGACUCAGUUAUCAAUUUUGGCUGGGCUCAUUAUGAUGAAAUGAAAUGCACUGUUUAUCUGCGUGUGGACAAAGCUAUCAAAGUGCAUGGCAUUCGUCUUUUUGGUAGUGAUGGUGAACAACAGAAUGUUACUCUGGAAGUGCUGAAUUCCUCAGGAAAUGUGGUGAUGGCUCAUAAAAAGGGAACAAUUGCUUCAGUACAAUUACAGUUUAAGUCAACUCAUUUCUAUGGCAGUGAUGUCUUAUUUGAGCAACCAGCUGAUUUAGUGCAGGAAACAGUGUACUGUCUCAAAGUUUCUUUUUCUGGGUCAAUUUUAUGGCAUGGAGAGGACAUGUUACAGUCUGUCCAGUGUUCAGGUGUGACAUUUAGGUUUUCUGCCGAUGAAAAAAUGAAAAAAAGUGCACUUCAAAAAGAAUUUCCUGAAAUUUUGUUUACUCUGAAGUGAAGCAAAAUCUCCCAGGCACAAGAUUGAUCCAUGAGCAGCAGGACUAGUUGAUGGUGAAUUCUGGUCUCUGAGAGUGGACCGCCUUAAAGUUUUUUUCAUGGUGUUGCUAAAGAAACUGCAUGAUCACACCAUGAUGUUUUGACAAGUGGUCUCAAUUGGCAGAGCUAUUCUUAGACUGGGUAAUAGAAUUUGGAAACUUUGCAAGCGACCUUCAACUGUUCAAGAAGUGUUGACCCAAAAUGGCACUUGUUCCGCUGCAGGGUUGUCACUAAGUGCCGGCUGCCGGCGAAAUUCACCGGCUGAGAAAGAGGUGAUUGCUGGUUGGAUUUUGGUGAGUGAUCAAUUGGUAAAGGACAACAAACGGCUUUUAGGUUAUUCACGUACAAUCAUUUAAUAUCGAACCAACUAAAUGGAAAGUUUGGAAUAAAUUCCCGACUACCUUGAGUAUCGGUGCCACUAUAACGAGUAAAAUAAUUGAAAUAUAAUCUUGUUUUGAGCACUUGUUAGCUUGUUCUCUAUCCAUGUACUGCAUCCGCCAUCUUGUAAAUGCGAAGCUUGGUAACCUCACAUUCAAGGUGUUGCAAAAGGUCAGGAAUUCUUUUCCAGGUCUCUCUUGAAAAAUGGUGACCGGCUCAAUGAAAAUCUUAGCCAGGAGACUAUUUUCUUAGCUACAACCCUGCCACUGACUGUAAGAUGGGAAUCAUACCAACUUUGUGAUGUUCCAGGAAGUAGCGUGACACCACCCACAGAGGGUUUGUUUGAUUUGAUCUCAUACCCCCAGAAUUUCCAUUGCCCUUUGUUGGAGCAGGUGCGGAUAUUUCCUGGAACCACAUAUUAAAAAAUGUAAACUCUAUUAACAGAACUGUAACAGCUCUCAUACUGUAAGCUUGAAAUUCUGUUUGUUGUGAUAGCAUAGCAGCAGUUGCUGUUUUGGGGCUAGGGGCAGUGGUUCUGGUUUUUUGCUCCAAUACUGGGUAUUGAGUCAUUUACGAGUGUUGCUACCCAACCAUUAAUACUAUGCAUAUUGUGGAUUUUACAUAGUUCUCUCCUUUAAGAUAUGUAUUUCUAGAAUUCAAGAUUGAUGGGAUAAAUGAGGUGACUCAAGUAAGUUUGAUGAGAAGGAGUUGUAGACAAGGAGAGAGUAGCCUCUAGUCGGUAUAAUAUUUAUCCCUCAUCCAAUUAUCCUGUGCUUCUCCUGUUUUGAGAGACACAUUGGGAACUAGAUAGAUACAUAUUAGCACUGAUGACCUAGGCAUUGAAUACAAUUACAGGGGCGUAGUCAGGAUUUUUCAAAGAGGGGGGUGGGUCACACUUUGGCAGAGUGAGGGUACUCACCAGAUUGUCAUGUCACUUUUUUCCACCUGUUGUAGGUUGUUUGCUUAGAAAAGGCUUGCAAAAGGGGGGUCACAGGCACCCCCAGGACCCCCUAGCUACCCUGUGACAUUAUGCUGUUGGUGAUUGCGUUACAAAUUUAGCCGUUUAUAAGACAAUUGCUCCAAGUGCUACGUGUAGAAAACAGUUAAUUAAAUAUGGCUUACCAUA